UUGCAAGUAUUACAUUGCGAAAACUAAUAUGGUUGAAAUUCAGCUGUGAGUGGUUAUGAAUUUGUGACUAAUUGCGACAUAAACCAAGGAUUAACAAACUUUGAAGAGAAUAUUAACAACUUUUGCUUAUGCAGGGCGCGAAUCCCUCGCGGGCGAGUCUAGCCUCUCGGGCAGAGGUUGGAAACCUUCCGACAUUAAAGUGCUGCGCAUUACUUCAUGGAUUUCACGCUUCGUGCUGUGCUUCGAUUGCUGGGACAUCCUGUAUGGCGAGAACGACAACUGCCUCGAGGAGGAGGGAAGACGACGGGAAAGAAAAAAAGAAAAAGGUGGGAGCCGACUUAGAUCGUAUGCAGCAUGGUGUACCGAGCAAUCGCUGGUACCAGGUGGAUCAACGUGCGCGUACACGCACCGCUUACGCAUACAACAAUGCUUACGCACUGGGAUCGCAAUUAGCAUACCAGAGCGUUCCAGGAACCCGAGGAGUCGUUCUUCUCGGAGCCCAGAGGCGCAAGGCGAGUUCGGUGACUCAUUUGCCGAUGCUGAACCUUGAGUUAGAGUAGAAUCUCAACGGUAUGUUUAAACUAAUUCUUGUUUCACAAAAGGGAGGAUUCACUAAAUUUCACAAUUUAGAGACGCGAAGGCGGUAUAGUGGAAAUCAAUUAGGGCACUCGAAAUUGUUUAUCGUGGGUCCUCUUUUGGAGAACAUAAUGCAAAUUCACGGGGGGAAAGAGCAUAGGGCAGGAAGAACUAUAAGUUGUUUAGAAAUUGAUCUUCAAGGAUCUUUCUUGUCUAAUGCUUGAUACAGAAGACAUAAAGAUGAGAAAUGCCAUUUUUGAAUGACAGUAGUUACGUUUCGAAGAAAAAUUAUGCGAAAGGUGUUGUAGUGACGCAAUAAUGACAAAUAAUUUUAUGAAAUCAGGUGAAAAGAAUUCUUAGAGAAAUAGUCAUGGGAACAGGGUAUCAUUUCAAAUUCGUUCGCACGAUGUACCAUCAGCCACGCUCGAGAUUCCAUCAACCCAUUGCGACAGGAGAGAACUAUUUGAAAUUUCAUCAUUUAUAGAUCUACGACUUAAGUAACAUCGCGAAGAAACAGCUUUCUCAUUCACACGUUCGGUGGACAAAAGGGCCUAGCGCUAGUCUGCUCGAGGAAUGCAAUAAAAUUAUAAGUUCCCUUCGAGAUGGAGAGAAAUUAAUACCCGGAGAAUUCUGUGUGCAUUAAAUAGUAGAGUUAUUCCGUGGAAUUUUUAUCAGACAUUUUAAUUGGAUCUAAACGGUUGUUUAGUGACGACUUAA